CUUGGUCUUUGGUUCCCAGAUGAAGACUUCGCAUGUCAGUCCCCUCUGCCGGAUUUCACCUCGACUGACACGAUAUACUUCAUGGAGGCCUUGGCAGUCUGUUCGGCGAUACACGCCAUACAGAACAUGCCAGAGGUGCCUCCUCGUAUGCUUGUCUACACCGACAAUACAAAUGUCGUUGCUAUGUUCAACACGUUACGUGCGGAGCCCCAGUACAACUCCAUCUUGAUUUCAGCUAUGGAUGUGCUCAUGGAGCAUGAUGUGGACUUGCGCGUCGAACAUGUUAGUGGACGCACAAACAUUAUCGCUGAUGCACUGUCUCGUUUUCAGAACGAGUGUGUGCUUCGAUCUGCGCCGAACGUGCAGAUCUUUGACUUCAAGCCCCCUCGGAAUGCACUG